AUGCGUGCAAUUAUACACCAACUUUGUGCCCUGGUAGUGGUGCUGGUGGGAACGCACCCAGCAACUGCCAAGACGGAAGCCCUCGUCUCAUCGCCAGGUGAUACAGCGAUUGUUCCAGGAUGGAGGCUCCAGUCUGUAACCCGUGUCGACGGCGACUUGUCCACCUUAUCGAAGCCCGGGGCUCAACUCGAUACAUGGUACUCAGUGAGCUCCCGCGGAACCGUCAUGUCGGGCCUGAUUCAAAAUGGAGUUUACAAGGAAGAAGAGAUUUUCUUCUCCAAUCAUAUGGACAAGAUCGGAGGACAAGCCAUCUUUGAAGCUCCGUGGAUCUAUCGCCGAGAGCUUACACUUCAUCCGAAAUCCGAGAACUACUUCACACUGAAGACGCAUGGGAUAACGUCGAAGGCGGACAUUUGGGUCAAUGGUGCUCUUGUUGCGUCAAGCGAAGAACAGCAAGGCUCGUAUGGCGGUCAUGCCUGCGACUUGACAAACCAUGUGAAAGAGGGAAUCAACUGUGUUCUGAUCCAAGCUUAUCCCACGAACUAUCUUCGUGACUUUGCGAUGGGCUUUGUGGACUGGAAUCCGUAUCCGGCAGACAAUGGUACUGGCGUGUGGCGUAAUGUGGAGCUUUCACAGACGGGUGCUGUCUCAAUGUCACCGUUCAGAGUCAUCACUGAUUUUACCCAGCCUGGCAUGGGCGACACGGUGAAUGUGACUCUGAGGACCAAACUUAUCAAUCAUGCCUCAAACCCCGUGAAUGUGAUAAUAAAGGCAAGGAUUCACUGUCCGGAUGGUAACGAGGAAGGCUCGAUCACACAUACACUCAAGCUCGAGGCCGGUGAGCAAAAGACCGCCUCAGUGGAAGCUUCGAUUCAUAAUCCACAAAUUUGGUGGCCUGCCAGGUGGGGACCCCAGCCGCUCUAUACCGUUCAAGCUGGCAUUUUCACGGGGAACGGAGAGGCCUUUAGCGUGAAUGGUCACUCAUUCCAGGUUCUGGGUGCAGGGUACAGCUCAGAUAUGUUCAUGCGCUUUGAUGAAAAGCGAGUUGAGAAGAUGUUCCAAUAUGUGAUUGACAUGGGACUCAACACCGUCCGCCUGGAGGGAAAGCAGGAGCACCCGGAGCUUGGGAAGGUUGGGAUUAUAAUCCUGAUGCUGAUGGUGUUAAAUGGGGGGGAGUCCGACUAUCCCAUUGCCCGAGCUUCCAUGCUUCAUGAGGCGGAGAUGAUGCAGGCUCAUCCGUCAAUGCUCGGAUUCCUGGUGGGAUCGGACUACUGGCCUAACGACCAUGCGACCAAGAUCUACUUGGAUGCCCUGAAGGAAUUGGACUGGCGCAAUCCCGUGAUCGCAUCAGCGAGCAUGCGUGGGUUCCCAGAAGCUCUCGGACCAUCUGGAAUGAAGAUGAAUGGUCCUUAUGACUGGGUACCUCCCAACUACUGGUACGGCGAGGACGAGGGUGCUGCGUUUGGCUUCGGGUCUGAGCUGGGCGCCGGAGUUGGAACCCCUGAAAUGGAAAGCCUAAGGAAAUUCCUCUCCCAACAUGAUAUAGAACAGCUCUGGAAGGAGCCGAACGUCGGCCUCUACCACAUGUCCAGCAACGUCUCAGCAUUUCACGAUCGAAAGAUAUACAACGAGGGCCUUUUCUCUCGAUAUGGGGAGCCCACAAGCAUUGAUGACUACAUCACGAAAUGUCAGAUGGCAGACUACGAGGCCACUCGUGCGCAGUUCGAAGCAUACUCUGCUCCGCCUGGCCUAAUCUGCAUUGGCAACUCUUCGACCACUAUCUCAGUCCCAUGGGGGGCUUAUUUUGGCACUAGAGUCGGCACACGCGAGGAGCAUGUAGCUUACGACUAUGAGAGCGAGUCAGUCUGGCUGAUCAACCAUUCUUUGGAGACGGAAGGAGAUAGAGAGAUCACGAUUGAUCUCAUCGACACCAACGGAAAUGAAAUAUCUAGUGCUAAGGCCAAAACCUGGACCAACUCGCUCUCGUCAAAAGAAGUCCAAGGCGUGAGGGGUAUCGAGAAGGUCAAAGAUGUCGCGUUUCUGCGCCUGGCACUGUAUGACGGAAAGGAAAACACAAUCCCGCUGAGUCGAAACGUGUACUGGCUCUCGCCCAAGCCCGAUGUUCUGGAUUGGUCCAAUUCUAACUGGUAUUACACGCCAGUCACCACCUAUGCCGAUUUUUCCAAGUUGAAGCAUAUGGCACCCGCCAUUGUGAAAGCGUCUCUUCAAGAAAACAAAGCCACAAAUGGUUGGAGAUCAGUUGAGAUAUUGCUUGAGAACAAGUCCGAGGUGCCCGCUGUCUUCAUACGACUACAUGCUCUGAAGUCGGACGGUACGGAGAUUGCGCCGAUACUGUGGUCAGACAACUACGUGACACUGUGGCCGAAGGAGAAGAUGUUUUUGAGGGCUAGCUUUGAGGGUGACCUGCAAAAUAUCACGGUUGAGCUUUCUGGGAGGAAUUUGGAAAAACAGGUGGUGGAGGGCAUGAAAUGA